UCUGCAAUCAGUCGUCGUCUCUUACAUCUGUUUCUGCUGCUGCUGAUGCCGCCGCUCAAAAGUGAACUGCACUGGUUUUCAGUUCGUUUCUCCGCUGACACAGCGAAGGCUUGACGGCUGGCAAUACGGAGUCGCGGAUCGGCGGAACCACCUCCAUGUGAGAAAGCCUCGGAGUCGCGCUCGCGCUCUGCACAGUUCUUCAAAGUGGUCCUGAACCUGUGGAACUCAAGAGCCGGAUUCUACAUUCAGACAGUACAUCGCGGAACGAGUGGGCUCCAUCGCGGCUCAGGCAUCGGCGAGGUGGUCUAACAAAAUCAUGUUCGAUAGUGAUGACGAAUUUCUUUGCGAGAAUGACGACGUCGACGACAGCUACAAAGAAUUCAUGGAAAAGCUUCCGCCGAAGAUGAUAGAAAGCCAAGGGAAACUCGCGGACUUCAAGCAUGUCACCUUUCUCGCCCGAGGGAGCUUCGGUCGAGUGUUCAAAGCGGUCUCGCCGGAUGGGUCGGAAGUCGCCCUGAAGAAACUAUCUCUCAAUCAGUACGGUAGCCGACGACGUGAGCUCGCUUUCCGGGAAAGUCUUCGUGAAGUGAAGAUCCUCGACAAACUCGAUCAUCCAAACAUAGCUAGGCUGAAGCAGCUGGUUGUCAAGGGGACGAGUGUAUAUCUGGUGAUCGAAUACUGUCCCUACCAAUUGAAGAAACUAGCUUCGAGAUCUCUGGCUGAAGGAUUCAUCAAGGCAGUCAUGGCGGACUUGAUGAACGGUUUGAGCUACAUCCACGAGCAGAAGCUCGUUCACAGAGAUAUAAAAGUUGACAACCUGAUGCUGAGAAAUGGGCAGCUCAAAAUAGCCGAUUUCGGAUCUACCGGUAACGUUCAUCAAAAAGAAUGGACUCCACAGGUCGUUACAUUGUGGUACAGACCUCCUGAAAUUUUGUUGGGGAGUCCCUCCCAGAGUACAGCUGUUGAUAUCUGGUCAGCGGGUUGUGUUUUCGGUGAGCUGCUCCGAUCAAAACCUCUAUUCGCUGGCCAUGGGGAAAUCGCACAAAUCAAUCUCAUCGUAGACAUGUUGGGCACUCCGACUAGUGAUGAGUGGCCCGAGAUCGAUGAGCUCCCCGUUCUCCAGUGUAUGGCUCUCAAUAAGCGCGUGAGCACCAUCGAGCAGAAAAUUCCAGCGAGAGAAUCGACUCUGGAUCUUCUGAAGAGAAUGCUCCGCUACAAGCCCGAGAAACGUUGCACUGCCAGAGAAUGUCUCCGAGAUGAAUAUUUUAGUCAGAACCCUUCACCAUAUACGCCUGCAGAGGUUGAUAAGUUUUGUCGCACGAGAGCUGCAGACAACGGUGAUGUAGAUCGAGCGAAGAAGAUCCUGAAGCUCGACGUGAGCAUCGAAGAGUCGUGACAGGGUCGCUUGUAUUCUCUUGUAUAUUUCUGAUUGAAUGUUUUUGCAAUAAACAUC